AAAAUUGACAUAUGUCAUUCGAGGUGAUGACUGUGUGUUUUCUAAAAGCAGAACAUACAAAGUAAUUGUUGUAUUAGUGCUUUGUGAGCACAAGUAAUAAAAAUUAUCUCUUGAGUGUAGUGAGUAUUCAACACCAAAUCAGAUGGGUCAAAGCCAGUCAGGUCCGGGAGGCGGCGAUAAAAAAGAAGAAAAAGACAAAAAGAAAAAAUAUGAACCCCCAAUUCCCACUCGUGUUGGAAAAAAGAAGCGCCGCACUAAAGGUCCUGAUACGGCCCUAAAACUACCAGUGGUCACCCCGCAUACGCGAUGUCGGUUAAAAUUAUUAAAACUUGAACGCAUCAAGGACUAUUUAUUAAUGGAAGAAGAAUUUAUCCGUAACCAAGAACGCUUAAAGCCGCAAGAAGAGAAAAACGAGGAAGAAAGAUCAAAGGUUGAUGAUCUUCGAGGCACUCCAAUGUCUGUUGGAAAUCUUGAAGAAAUCAUUGAUGAUAACCACGCAAUUGUUUCUACAUCUGUAGGCAGUGAACACUAUGUUAGCAUCUUAUCCUUUGUAGACAAGGAUCAGCUUGAGCCAGGUUGCUCAGUACUUUUAAAUCAUAAAGUUCACGCUGUUGUGGGGGUUCUCGGUGAUGACACUGACCCCAUGGUGACUGUCAUGAAACUUGAAAAAGCUCCACAGGAAACAUACGCUGAUAUUGGUGGUCUUGACACCCAAAUUCAGGAAAUUAAGGAAUCUGUAGAACUUCCUUUGACUCAUCCUGAAUACUAUGAAGAAAUGGGUAUUAAACCACCAAAAGGUGUCAUUUUAUAUGGUCCACCAGGUACAGGUAAAACUUUGUUGGCCAAAGCAGUGGCUAACCAGACUUCAGCAACAUUUUUAAGAGUUGUUGGAUCAGAGCUUAUUCAAAAAUAUUUGGGUGAUGGACCAAAAUUGGUAAGAGAGUUGUUUAGGGUUGCAGAAGAACACGCACCUUCUAUUGUGUUUAUUGAUGAAAUAGACGCAGUGGGAACAAAAAGAUAUGACUCCAAUUCAGGUGGAGAACGUGAAAUUCAGAGAACUAUGUUGGAACUACUCAAUCAAUUGGAUGGUUUUGAUUCCAGAGGAGAUGUUAAGGUAAUAAUGGCCACUAAUCGAAUUGAAACUCUUGACCCAGCUUUAAUUCGACCUGGCCGCAUUGACAGGAAAAUAGAGUUCCCAUUGCCUGAUGAAAAAACAAAAAAAAGAAUAUUUAACAUUCAUACAUCAAGAAUGACGCUUGCUGAAGAUGUUAAUUUACAAGAACUUAUCAUGGCAAAAGAUGAUCUAUCCGGUGCUGAUAUCAAGGCAAUUUGCACUGAGGCUGGAUUAAUGGCUCUUCGAGAGAGAAGAAUGAAAGUCAUGAAUGAAGAUUUCAAGAAGUCUAAAGAAAGUGUGUUAUAUAGGAAGAAGGAAGGAACUCCUGAAGGACUUUAUUUAUAAACUAGUAAACUUUUUGUGUACUUUUAAUUCAACUAAUAAAUCAAUAAAUAGCAGUUUUUUCAGAUUC